AUGCGCGCCACCGUCCUCUCUUUCGCUCUUUUCGCAACCUCGGCGCUGUGCCAGGAUGCCGCAAAUGCAUGGCAAGCACCAGGCGCGGAUGACCGUCGUUCGCCCUGCCCUCUCCUCAACAGUCUCGCAAACCACGGCUACCUGCCACGCAACGGCAAGGAUAUCUCCGUCGACGCCUUGAUCGAGGGCAUGCACACUGGUCUCAACCUCCGCGAGGAUGCGAAGCUCUUCUUCCGUCUCCAGGGCAACAAGGCGCUCGAGGCCUCUUCAACCGGCAACAAAAACACCUUCCACUUGAACGAUCUCAACAAGCACGACCUCAUCGAGCACGACGCCUCCCUCAGCCGCGCCGACAUCUACUUUGGUGACAACUGGUCGUUCAACCAAACCAUCUUUGACGAGACCAAGUCAUACUGGCCUUCCGAGACGAUUUCCAUCAGCGACGCCGCCAGGGCACUUGCGUCGAGGCAGAAGAGCGCGGAGAAGGUGAACCCCGAGUUCAAGUUGCCGCUUGACGGACACACCAACUCGCUGGGACAGACGGCCAUGUACCUCGGUCUGUUUGGCAACUAUGAUAAUGGAAACGCAAACAGGGCUUGGGUUGAGUACUUCUUUGAGAACGAGAGACUUCCGUUUGAACUUGGCUGGAAGAGGCGGGCCGACAAUGACAAGAUUCCGGCCACCGGUAUUCUGGGCUUGACCACUCAGGUUGCUGUACAUUAUCUCGCGGUAAAAAUUGGCUUGUAA